AUGCACGCCAUUUACGCUCCUACUGCUGAGAUUGAGUCGAUACUGGGAGACACGUCGGCCGGACCAAGGGUAGCUUCUGGAGAAAUCUGGGACCCUUCCUCCACCUUCUGUUCACCAAUAGCAUCGGAUCGAGACGGGAAGCUGGAAGGCAAAACAGAAGACGAGCAGGACGAUGGAGGCCUUGCUGAGUUGCUGAGCGUCCAGAGCGAGAUUCAGAGGCAACUCGUCCGCGUGCAAGAGGCUAUGCUCUCUGAUUGCCGAGUCUUUAGCAGCCUAGCUGCACGAGUUGCUGGAGGGGCCCGGUCGCUUCAAAACCCCGAUCUUUAUCGGAAACAGCUGGCGAGACACACCCGAAACAAGUCCACCACUCCUCUUUUUGUGCCUUUUCGGCCGUUGAACCAGCAGCAGAGAACCGAAACAAGACACGCAACUCACAGCAAUGUUUUUGAGGGACGCAGUGGAGACCCUCGGCUGCCGUAUGUGUCGGCCGCCGCUCCUGCUCCUCGUUUCUUGUGCACAAGCCCGUCGUCCGGAGUAUCGCGAAUAAAACGGGUCUCUUCUGCAAGAGCUGCUCAAGCUGAACAAUACAACCGUUUGCACUUCCGUGUUACUAACAGCGCCCGACCUGAUGCUGCCACGGGAAGAUUCUCCGCCUCGACACCGGUCGCCGCAAGCCCUCAAAUGAACCAGGUUGGGAGGAAACGGACGACCUUCACAGCCUUCAAAGCGGCGCUAACGGCCGUCGCUAUGAUGCAGAUUCCUCAUAUGCUUGCCCCCCAAGUUUUCCACAUCCUCGGGUUUUCAGUCAGUCUAAAUCGCCUCAGUCGCCCCGCCCAAGCAAACACGCUCGCAGACUGCGUGCGUUGGCAGGUGAACGAGAGCGCUCCGCAAACUCGCAAAAUGCACCGGAGUGUGCACUGGCAACUUUAA